AUGCCGUCUUAUUCGGGGAAGUAUCAGAAGAAGAAGAGAGCUAUUCCGAAAUUGAGUGGGCGGCCUUAUAUCAUGAAGUUCUUCCCCCGCGACGAUCUUUGGGAGGUCAUUCAGCCGAACUUCAAGGCUGGUGCAGCGGUGGAUGGGUUCGUUGCGCAGAUGGUGCGGCCCCCGCUUAAGCGUGGAUUCGAGGAUGAUGACGAGGAAGAUGAAGAUAUCGGGAAGCGGCGGAAGACGGGCGAUGAGGAUGACGAGGGUGGUGAGAAUGAUGAUCUCCUGGAGCCAGACGAUGAACAGGCUGAGGAGGAGAUCAUGGACGAUGACUUUGAGGAUGACGAUGAUGAGAUGGGUGGCGAUUAUAACGCUGAGCAGUACUUCGAUGGCGGUGAUGAUGAGUAUGGGGAUGAUGGAUUCGGGGAUGGUGGUGGCGGCGGUGACGAGGAUACUUAUUAA